UGUUUACUCCCUUGCCUCUGCAAAGUGUUCUGGCGCGCGUGGCUCCGCCGCGGUCGCUAUGGAGACCGUCUACGGCCGGCUGUCGGUGUCGAAGACCCUGAAAGCUCUCCACGGUGUCCUCACAGCAAAGGUCGGCGAGGGAGGCCGCGGCACAGUGUGGUUCAAGGAGAGCAGCAGCCGGAACUUGCGUAGCCGCGACUUCCUGGCCCCACAGGCUGCCCUGAGGGCGGUGUUCGGGGAUGGACAGGUUCCUGAUGGGAUUGCCGAGAACGUGUUAUUACUAAAAUGUCCAGGUGUGCCAUCCAUCCAGAGCUGCAAGAAGGGCCCGACAGGACUAACAGCGCAGCUGGACAGAACUGCUGUCUUUGCAGAGAUCCUGGAAGCCAUUCCUCUGUAUGCCAAACAUCCACAAAUAGCCCCUGGGCACAGCAUUGUGCUCAACUGUGUGCCCUUGCAUGGGUGCAAGGGCCUGAACUCGCUCAGCCUGAGUCAUCUGAGAACUAUCCUGGUCACUGACCACCUGGCUGGUGUACUCCAAGCUCAAGGGGUAGAUGUACAUCUGGUCCCCUCUUUGACUGAUGAGGAAAUCCAGAGGUUCCUGCACCAGUUGCAGAUUGAGUGGCCCUCAGGUUUGGAAAUCUCCCCCAACUCUGAGGAUGUUCUUGCCAUGAAGGAUGCCCUCCGCCAGUGCCCUCAUGCUACAUUCGCUGAGACAGAUCAGGAGAGGGUUGUGUGCAAACUGGACUUGAAGGGGUUCGUGGGAAAGCAGCAGCAAAAGAAAGAGAGCCUGGAAGGAUAUGACACAAACCUGGAUGUGUUCCUUGUGACGGAGGAGAAGCUGCUGCAUGUGGCUGAGCUGCAACGUGCGGCCCUGGAGUGUGCGGUGUUAGCACCAGGAAGAUGCUAUGGCACCGUGCAUGUGGUGAGCCAUGAGGAGGCAUUCCAGCAACAGAAGGUGGACUUGCUGUGGAGGCUGGUAGCUCCACAAGCUUUUCUUGCCCCCCAGAAACACCUUGUCUGUGGGCCGGUGAAAGUCCCUGCCUCUGCUUCUCCUGUUACCAUUCUUCAGUACUUCCAGCUGAGGCACUCCCAGAUGUAUGAGGCUUCAGUGCUGAAGUAUGGAGACCUCUCUCAGGAUGAGGCCUGGACGGAAACUAUCAGUGUCUUGACGUCUGCUGCCAUCCGAUUUGAGAUGCUGAGCACAGCUCAUCGGAACCAGAUUCUCUUGGAUUUGGAGGAGCCUGGCAUCUCUACCAAAGGGACCAAGAGCGGCACCUUCGUAAUGUACAAUUGUGCUCGCCUUGCCACACUGUUUGAAACAUACCAGAAGGAAGCGGAGCAAGGUGUGUACCCAGCUUUUCCACUGCCUUCGGAGCUGAACUAUUCCUCCCUCAGAGAAGAUGGUGAAUGGCUCUUGUUGUUCAACAGCAUCCUGCCCUUUCAGGAGGUUGUGAGCAAAGUGAUGCAACUCCCCAUCUCCAGUAGUGGCAUCAGGAUCACAACCAGCACUGAGGCGGUUUGCAAGUUCCUUAUCCAACUGAGCAUGGAUUUCAGUUCAUACUACAACCGGGUGCACAUACUGGGGGAGCCACGUCCCCACUUGUUCAGCCAGAUGUUUGCCCGGUUGCAGCUUAUGAGAGCAGUCAGAGAAGUGUUCCACAGUGCCCUGAUGACCCUCCAUCUACCUCCUCUUAACCAGAUCUGAGCAAGCCAGACUGACACCUGCUGUGGUCCUCAUAGGCACCCUGCAGCAGCCAUCCUGGCCCUGCCAUUUCCACUGCAAAAAGGAAUCAGGGGAUUACAUUCACAUGCGCAGGUAGAGAACUGCUGUCUUCAAGAUCAGCCAGCAGAAUGCCGCCUUACUGUUUGGACGUGAAGUGUUUCUCACUGUUGGUAGAAAGAAGAUCCAGAACAAGAGCAGUGACUCCAUAUUUUUGAAGUUGAGGGAGAGUUGUUGAAAUUGUUUGGUUUGCCAAAUGCUAGCUAGGAACAAAUAAAGGACUAAAAUAAAAAAGGUAAAGGUAGUCCCCUGUGCAAGCACCAGUCAUUUCUGAAUCUGGGGUAAUGUUGUUUUCACAGCAGACUUACGGGGUGGUUUGCCAUUGCCUUCCCCAGUCAUCUACACUUUACCCCCAGCAAGCUGGGUACUCAUUUUACCGACCUUGGAAGGAUGGAAGGCUGAGUCAACCUUGAGCCGGCUACCUUAACCCAGCUCCCGCUGGGAUCGAACUCAGGUCGUGCGCAGAGCUUGGACUGCAGUACUGCAGCUUACCACCCUGCACCAUGGGGCUCUUAAAAACUAAAACUACCUGGAAACAAAAUGGGUGGUGGGGAGAGAUGAAUUUACUACUCAGGGGAUCACUUGGCUCUGUUCCCUCACAAGAAGUAGACAAAAAUGGCCCGGAGGCCAUGUUUAAGCAAGCUAAGAGUUCACAGCUGAUGAAUGUAAAGAUGAGUUUAUUGUCUUUAAAAAAAAAUAAAUUAACAUUUGUUCUACCGCCUCUCUAUGAAGGAUUUUGGCAUCUGCUGUGGAUGCAAGGGAUUGCAGAUCAAAUGCAGACAUUCUUGGAUGCAGUUUCUCCAAAGGCAUUACUGGGGUCGGAGGAGGAGGUUGUGACUGUUAUCUUACUGUGAGGAAGUAGGCAGUUUGUAGGGUGCAGUGAGUGUUGGGAAGCACAAGGGGUUAAGGCAAAUCAUCGGUGUGGCUAAACAGGGCUGAUCGCUGCUUCCUUCAGCCUGCAGUUCUUGGCUCUAAGAACCAAACUAAGGUGGACAAGAUGCUGAGAGGUCCAUGACAGGAGCCACCGGGCAGUUUUUAUAUAUUUUUAUUGUGAAAUUAGAGAUGUACAUGGUCAAGAGUAUAUAAAUUGUUACACAAUAAAAGACUUUAUAAUA